AUGGGUUUCCGUCAAGCAGCCGUCCUCUCCUCUGCCUGCUUUUUCCUUGGCGUUCUCUUCAUAUGCUUCAACGUCGACUAUCGAGUGCUCUUCCUGCCCGUCACCGACGAGACCGUGGCUGAUGCGUUCCAGUUCUACACGAUGUUCUACAACGCACCUCCCGCGAUCAAAGCCCUGAUGCAUGGUGUGAUGGGAUUCGGUGUGCUUGGUCUCGUAUUCAAGCUGCAAAAAUGGGACGAGAGCGCGCUGUUCUUCGAUGGUUGCUCACUCGCGGCGAACAUAUUCAGCAUCGGAGUCUACACCGGGGUGACCAUCCCAGCCCUGCGGACCAUCGUCACCCCCCUGGAGGGCAUCGAUACGAGAGAGGACCAGAUCGAGGCGGCAAAGGUGCUUUCGGCAGGCAACACCAUUAUCAUGGUUCUCUUGGGUUCCGUGCUGCUCAUGCAGGGAGGACAAGAAUACGCGAAACGGCUGGAGGCGCGCGAGCUCGAGAAG